CAGGCUGCUUACGUCACGUAAACAUGGCGGCUCCCAUGGACCCAUCAGAGGCAACCUCAAUGACUCCACCCUGAAGCAGAUGAGUAACCGCACAGGCAGCAGGAGGCAGAAAGCUUCGGAGGAUGGAGAGCGGAGUCUCAUUGGACCUCCCUCCGGGGAGAACCUCCAGGGCCGAGACGCCUCUACUCCGUACUUCGUCUAUUUGUUGGCGUUUUUCUCCGCCCUGGGAGGAUUCCUCUUCGGGUAUGACACGGGCGUGGUCUCUGGAGCGAUGCUCCUCCUCAAGAAGGAGAUGCACCUGAGCGCCCUGUGGCAGGAGCUGCUGGUGUCCAGCACGGUGGGGGCCGCGGCGCUCUCUGCCCUCAGCGGGGGCUUCCUGAACGGGUGGCUGGGACGCAGGAUUUGCAUCCUCAUCGCCAGCUUCAUCUUCAGCGGCGGCGGAAUUAUUCUGAGCGUGGCCCAGAACAAAGAGGUCCUCCUUGUUGGCAGGAUCACAGUGGGCUUAGGCAUUGGUAAGUUGCUCAUCUUGAGCCCAGUGAUGCGCUUUGACAAAAUCACCUUGAUUAGGCAUCCCCAAUACGGUCCUUGUGGGUCGCUGUCCUGCAGGUUUUAG